GAGCGCUUGCGCGAUCCUUUUAGCGCGCAUUCAUCCCCGGUGAUAAUCGGUGUAUGCUUCAUGACCCUUGUAGGACAAAGGUGACACUGCUCAGAAGCUUCAUUCUCGUGUUUUGGUCAUUUACUCUGACGAAACACCUUCCCAGUCUUCGUGAUGCAAUGAGAAGUUACUAGUGUGAGAGUUGAGAUGCUGAUGGGAAGCAAGUCGGUACUCUCAGAUUGAAUCCCUCACCCUCAAGCAUGAUCUCCGCCAUCGUUGUCCCGACUGGCGCUGCUCUCCUCCUAUACAUCUUUCUGUACAUCGGUCGCGCCCUUUACCGAGACUGGACAUCGUCGCUCAAGUUCAUCGAUGGCCCGCCGUGUGCAAACCCUGUGCUCGGACAUUUCAUGUUGAUUUCGGAUAAACCCGAUACUACUAUCAAAUGGCGAGAGCAAUACGGCGCAACUUUUAUGGCGAAAGGUCUCUUCUGGGAAAACCAGCUGAACACGAAGGACAUCAAGGCAGUGACUCACAUCCUCACACAUGGCUCGAUGUACACGAAGACAUCGGCAGCAAUCUCGACAGGCUUACGUCUUUUGGGCGCCGGGAUCCUUUCCGUCGAGCUGGAUCCGCACAGACGCCAGCGUCGAAUUCUGAACCCUGCAUUUGGCCUGCCGCAGAUCCGGGUGAUGAAUGAGGUGUUUGUCGAAAAGGGAAAUAUGUUGCGUGACAUGCUGACAAAAGAGAUUGAAGAUGGAGGCGGGAGGGUCACCCUCAAUCUGUCAGCAUGGUUCCGUCAAGUCACGCUCGACAUCAUUGGACAGACUGGCUUCGGUUAUCAAUUUAAUUCUCUGGAAUCACGCGGCAAGGACGAAGCGGAGCUCAGCACGGUCUUCGGUCUCAUGUUCAACAACCCCAAAGCAAACCUCAAUCGUGCUGUUCAGUUCGCUCAGGCAGCGAUACCGAUGCUGGAGUCCCUGCCACUGCCCGGUUGGAAAGUCACUCGUUUCGCCCAAACAAAGCUGCGCGCGAUCGGAAAACAACUGAUGGAAAAGUCAAAGGCUGAAUGUGCGGUUCUUGCAGAAAAGGACUUGGGGUCAGGUCGCGAUCUCUUAUCGCUGCUCAUAAAAGCAAACAUGUCCGCUGACAUUCCCGAGAGUCAACGGAUGAGCGAUGACGAGGUGAUCGCUCAAAUUCCGACAUUCUUGCUGGCUGGGCACGAGACAAGUAGCACCGGACUCGCCUGGGCUGCGCACGCCUUGUCGCAACAUCCAGCCAUUCAAGACCAGCUCCGCCGAGAACUGCUCUCCCUCCCAACGGAGACUCCUACCAUGGACGAACUCAACUCGCUCCCAUUCCUCGAUAAAGUCAUCAAAGAGACAAUGCGCUUAUAUUCGCCGGCUUUCUCGACGCAGCGUAUGGCCAUCCAUGAUGACGUGUUGCCGCUGAGUAAGCCGUAUAUCGACCGUCAGGGCAUUUCCCACGACACUCUCCCGAUUCGUCGAGGACAGGUUCUCACGAUCCCAAUUCUGGAAAUCAACACCGAUAAGGAACUCUGGGGAGAAGACGCACUCGAAUUCAAACCCGAUCGCUGGGACAACCUUCCUGAAGCCGUCCAUUCUAUCCCGAGCGUGUGGGCGCACCAGCUCACAUUCAUCGCUGGUCCUCAUAGUUGCAUUGGGUUCCGCUUCACCGUGGUCGAGCAGAAAGCAAUCUUAUUUAGUCUCCUGCGGACCAUCGAGCUUCUGCCGGGUUCAGAGAAGGUCGCUCCCGCCAUCACGGGAUUGUUCCAACGGCCAAUCUCGUUCGUUCGUGGCGGAGAGGGCAAGCCUGGUUUGGUUUCCACUGGGGGUCUUCGCAUCGUGAUGAAGGCGUGCAAGGGUAAUGCUGCUUCCUGAGAUAGAAGCCCUGGAUUUUCUGCUUCUCCUCUCCCGAAACAGCGUACAUCGGAGUCACAGGUUUAAUCGGAUUUUGAAUAGACAAUCGCCUGAUCCAGG